UUUCUCACUCUCUUUUUCUCUCUCUAGAGAGGGCUCACUUUUUCUCUCUCGUUUUCGGAGGCGAAAACGCCAGAUUCCUCAGAAGCGCUCCUCCUCCACCGAUUUUUCCGGGCGCUUGUCGAAGAAGCUUCGAGAGAGAGCGGAGAUCGCAUCGCGCCGCGAUUUCGCAUCCCCAUCCUCAUCCUCAUCCUCAUCCUCAUCCUCCUCUUUGUGAGAGGGGCGUCUCCUCGCGAUCCGAAAACGGGUUUCUUUGCGAGGAAGAGGGAGAUGAGCAAGGGCCGGUCCCCCGAGCCCUUAGAUUUCUUCAUUUGGACGGUGGAGGAUGUCGGGCUGUGGUUAGAAGAGAUAAAUCUUGGUAGCUAUCGCCAAGUGUUUGAAGAGAAUGGUGUCAAUGGGGAGUAUUUGGAGAGCUUAUCCAUGUUCACCACAGAGCAGAUACUACGGUUUAUAAGACGAUGCCACAUGAAAUGGGGUGAUUUCAUCACACUCUGCAAAGAGCUAAGGCGCAUCAAAGUUGCAUGCCUAAAGGGAGAGCAAGAAGUCCGAAGGCCGUGGUGGGCCCCGCCAUGUCUCUCGGUGGUAUUCGUACGUAUGGCCAAGCGUAAUAGGCAAUCUCGCGUUGUCUCCUUGAAGCUGGAACCUUAAGGAGCUCCCACAUGCAACAUGGCCACCUCCCCGCGGUGCUUUACGAAAACUCCAUCUCCUUCUAUUCCCUUUUGCUCCCCUCUAUAUUUAACACAUAAAUGGAAAGGUGGCUUGUAGUGUUUCUCUAUGGCUUGUGAGCUGCUUUUACCUCUAGAAGCAGUGUAUCUUUCUCAUUCGGUGUUUUUCUUAUAUAUAUGUUUAUCCAUAUUCAGUUGCUUUUGUGUAUUUAUUUUGGUUUAUUUUGCACAUUUAGUUUUGUAGAGAAACUAAAACUAAAUCCAUAUAAAGACGCUCAAUUCUGUGUCCUUUUUGUUUCUA